GGUUUCAGAUAAACUCGACACCAUUUUAACCAACAGAGAGAGAGAGAGAGAGAGAGAGAGAGAGAGGUCCUGGUGAAUGUCGGAUUGGAUUAUUUGUCGGCCAACUACCGGGAAGAGAGGAGGAGGAGGAGGAGAGGAAGAGGAAGAGGAGGGAGCAUCAUCACACCUUCCCUUUAAAGCUUUCGGGACAGAGGGGGUGAAGGAGAUAAAAAAAGAAAAGGAAGAAAGGAGCGAGAGGGAGGGAGGGCGAGAGAGAGAGAGAGAGACCGAAAAAAAGAGAAAGAUGUCAUCCGGUGGAUGGAAGCACCGAGGCGGAGCCGCGGACCGCGGCCGACCAGGAGCGCUCUAGUCCGGGUACUUGACGCCGAGGCUUCGGGACCGACGCUGAGGCCUUUUCCUCCCGGAGAUACAGCUACUAAAAACACAUUAAAGACCUCCUGAACAUCCUGAACAGCUGCUGAGAUCAGCACCACAUCCUGCUCAGCUUCUGCAGAGAAAUAACCUGGAUUUUUUUUUGCAUGCAAUUCACCAGAUUUUUUAUUUACAGUAGACAUAAGCAGAUUAUAUUAAAGAUGCACCAUUAAAAGCAUUAAAAGCAGCAUGACAUCAACCAUCUCAGAGAUUCAUUCAUAACAGCCGAACAGCUGAUUUAAGAUCAUUAUCUUCAUCACAUAUUCUCAUUUAAUUAAUCCUGAGCAGGUUAGAGAGAAGAGGAGAGAUUACAAUUACAGGCCUCAGGUUGUGGUUCUCAGAGCUGCAGUUUGGAGCGUUUCCUCCUCCAGAGCUCCGGUCCUCUCCUCUCCUCCUCUGGUCCUCUCUGGUCCCCGGCUGAUAGCUGCUGCUCCCCGGCCUCCCUCCUCUCUGCUGGCUGCUGGUCCCCAGCUGCUGGCUGCACUGCUCAGGAUGGACACCUCCUGGAGUAAUUUCCUCUUUCAGACGCCGUCGACUCAGAGCCAACCUGAGACGCCUCUUCAGGCCGAGCUGCUGCCGGAACUCACCGGCUCGGCUCAGAGUCCUCCAGCCGAGCACAUCGUCACGCCGCCGUCCACCGUCGACACCGCCGCGCUGAGCGAGGAGCCGCUACCUGUCAAACUGCUCACCAAGCCGAGCCGGCCCGCUCACAUCUGCGCCACCUGCAACAAGGAGUUCAAGAACAGCUACAACCUGCGGCGGCACCAGUCGGUGCACACGGGCAUCAAGAUGAAGGACCGCGCGGCGCGGGAGAAGGAGGACGCAGUGAAGGGAGGACGGGUGGAGAAGCAGACGGUCCCUCUGUCCCUCCUCCACCUCACCCUGCCGACGCAACCUCCAGCUCCUCCACUCCCUCCGACCGCCACCGCCGUCGCCGCUGCCGCCCCGGAGUGCCAGCACCCCCAGCUCCCCCAGCUCGGUCAGCAGCACGCCAACCAAGAGAGCCAGCCGGUCUCCGUGUCCAUCGCCACGGCAACUGUAACUAUGGCUGCACCGCCUCAACCCAUCCAGGCAGCUGUUGUUGUCGUGGGCUCCAUGGAGCAGGUGGGUUCGCUGGUGUGCAGGGAGAAUCCGAAUCCCCACCCCAACACCAACCAGGUGAGGAAGAACCACGCCUGCGAGGCGUGCGGGAAGGCCUUCAGAGACGUCUACCACCUCAACCGCCACCGUCUGUCCCACUCGGACGAGAAGCCGUACUUCUGCCCCAUCUGCCAGCAGCGCUUCAAGAGGAAAGACCGCAUGAGCUACCACGUGCGCUCGCACCAAGGCGGCGUGGAGAAACCCUACGUCUGUCCUCACUGCGCCAAGGCCUUCUCUCGACCGGACCACCUCAACAGCCACGUCCGACAGGUGCACUCUACAGAGAGACCGUUCAAGUGCACGACGUGCACGUCGGCGUUCGCCACGCGGGAUCGUCUCCGCGCCCACCUGGUCCGUCACGAGGAGAAGGUGCCGUGUCACAUCUGUGGGAAGCUGCUGUCUGCCGCGUACAUCACCGACCACAUGAGGGUCCACAACCAGUCGCAGCACCACGCCUGUCACCUCUGCAACCGCAGCUUCACAACGCUCACCUACCUGCGUGUCCACGCUCAGAAGCACCACGGCCAGGAGUGGAAGGAGAGCGGCGGAGCGCGGGGGGGCUUCGGUGGGACGGGGGCCGGGGGGGUGCUGCUCUGCCAGCUGUGCGGGGUGCAGUGCAAGACGGCCACGCAGCUCCAGGGUCACAUGGGCACCCACGCCAACCAGGUGGACCCGGGCCCCGACCCGACCACGGCGGGUCCCGUGGGCACCACCAGCGUGGCCGUCACCGUGUCCAGCGCCAGCGCCGUGGGACUGCUGGUAACGGACUGCUCCGGCAUCGCCCCGCAGCCCCACAGCUAGCACGCUGGGAGGGCCAGGGGGGGAGCAGGGGACGGAGACGGCAGGAGGCCAACGACGAGGAAGAGGAGAGAUGGCAUCCAGUCCAGAUGUACUGCAAGAAGUGGACUCAGACCGGGAGAAGAUCCUCUUCCCUCCUCAGCGUUGUUGGUGGUUUCGUGAGGACGUCGGCCUUCUACUUCCAGCUCCGUCAGCAGUGUUGAACAGCUGACCUGCCACCGACACUGAGAGACACACUAACUGUACGAUGUCUCUGCAAAUCAGACGGGUCAAAGCCAGCGAAGAGACGUCUGUGGAUUAGACGAUAAGGAAACCUCUGCUCAUUCAUGAAGCAGGAAGAUUAAUGUGUAUUUUUAUUCAUGUGGCUUAGCGAUUAGCUGUUUCUAUUUGCCAUCCUGUCAUCGUUUUAACUGUCGACUGACUUGCACAGACUGUCAUGAUUUUGUAAAGCCGUUGAUGUUUUUAGAUAAUUUAUAUUCCAUGAUAUCAGUGUUUGUUUAUAAUGAGACCUAAGGACAUAUGAAAACACGACUUAAUUCAUUUUAGAGGUCGACCAAUAAAUCGAUUCUGGCGACAUGUGGGCUAAAACUUUGCGGUCCGGUCCGGGGAACAGCUGGUUUUACAGCAAGCAGACGAGUGGUAUUCGUGUCAUAUUCGACCUGUUUUCAGUUUAAUUUUCCCCACAAAAGUUAAUAUAUAUAUAUUGAAUAUAUAAUGCAGCACUACCAGUCCACGAUACGAGACAAGGCAGACAGGGACAGACAGGUCACUUUAACUUCCAAAUGAAUCCAGACGCGUAUCCAUCCAUUCAUGAAAUUAAAUCUCACACUUUGUUCCAGAAGUAUUUUUUAUUUACAUAUUUAUUAAUUUGACUUUCAUGUUCAGUUCCAGAUUUAUUUAUUUAUUUAUUAUUGUAUUUAUUUUUUUACUUAUGUUUUAAUUUAAUUUAAUUUAUUUUUGUAUUUAAUUUGUAUUUUUUUAUUUAUGUUUUUAUUAAUUAAUUAAUUAAUUAAUUAAUUAAUUAAUUAAUUAAUUAAUUAAUUAAUUAAUUAAUUAAUUUUAGAUGUCAGUUAGUGGGGGGGUAUCAGCUUCUUCCUGCUCCAAACCAUCGGUAUUAUAUCGGCCUUUAAAGAUCCGCCAUCGGUCGACCUCGACUCUAUUUUUUAACUCAACAGUCUCCAGUUUGCCUUCGUCAGAUUCUUCAGAGCAGUGAAAGCUAACAGGACUCUGGAUCAGCUGUUUCAGACGGGCCAUCGUGUAUAUAAACACUUUUCUAUAGCUGAUAGAGUUGUUUGUGUAUAUCCCCCCCCCCCAUGAACACUGAAUGUGCGUACCUUCUCUGCUUCAUAUGGUCUUCGCUCUGUCUCUGGAUGCUGAUCUGUAACUCUUGAUGAAGGUGACUUGUUGACUCGUAGCUACCUUCCUGUGGCUGUGUGCAUAUUGAUUGUACUUGAUGCAUAUAGAGCAUAGCGCCGCGUUACUACUGUAUUAAAAAUAAGCAGUAAAAUGACUCAAGGUGA